GGCACCACCACCGCCUGAGUGAAGAGUAGUGCGGUGUGCAGGUAGAGCGAGGACAGUAGGUGCCCCAAAAGCACUGGUAUCACCACUGCAAGAAUCUGCCGGAUCUGCAACAGAAUUACAUCACUCCUUCGCAGAUCUGCAAUUACUUUGCGACCGCUUUUGAAAUUUAAUGUCCGAGAUAUAUUCUGCCACGGAACUACUUUUUGUCGUCGCAGAACUGAAACGGAAUAUCCGAGUGCAUCGCAAAUUACAAAAAAUAGCAUUUGCUUAUUCCGGUCUCGCGAAUCAGCGACGGACGUGCGUCGGAGGUAUGGUUCCGUAGCAGAUUGUAAUUAAAACAGUCCUCUUCUCCUUUUUCGGUCAGAAACGGGAACACACCCAAAAGGCAGCCUCCUCUCUCAAAAAACCUAGCCCCUCAACUGCGCCGUCAGCCUCCUCACCGUUAGCCCCUCAACCGCGCCGCCCCUCAUCCCGCCGCCCCUCAACCUCCGUCCGCGCCCACGCCACCCCACGCCAGCCUCGCCACCUCACGCCGCCCCUCGCCACCAUACGCCGCCUCUCGCCACCUCGAUUUGCCCCAUCCUUCACAUACCCUCAAAUUCAAGGUACCUUAAUCGGCUCAAAAGAAUGGUGAAAAAUAAGGCUCGUGUGGAAGGGUCAAUUGCCAAUGUAUAUCUAGUACGAGAGGUGUCUUAUUUUUGCUCCCAUUAUUUUGAAGAGCAUGUGUACAAUCGAGCUAGAAAUGUGCCUCGUAAUGACCCUCAACUGCGGCCUAGUGGGGAGGAAUUAAGUGAGGACAAUUUCACAAUUUUUAAGACACCUCGACGUUUACAGGGAAAAAUGCGUACUAGGCGCUUAACUCUGGAUGAGCAAAAAGUUGCACACUAUUACGUCAUUUUCAACAGCCCUCAGAUUGAUCCGUAUAUUACUCGAGUCAAGAAGAAGUCUGUGGAUCCGGCGGAAUUGGAGGCAUUGCAGGAGGGUUGGAAUGCACCAAAAUUUCAGGAUACAAGCAAGAGAAAGAAGAAGAAUAGAGGCAAGGGUAGAGACUGCUCUUGGGACUUACACUAGAGGCACGGUCUCAUUUUCUGAUUAUUUGAAUCGACUGGCUGCCAAGAAAGGAACGCCUGUCUCGUUGGAAGAUGCCAUUGUCCAUAUGAAGACGAAAAAGCAUGACGGGCAGUCUUGGGUUGAUCCAGCUAAUGCUGAUCUCUGGGCUCGGUUUGUUACUCUUUGUGAUGAGGCAAGGAAGAACGGACUCAAUGUCACCAACCAAGAAAUAUGGUACUCGCUAGUCCAGGGCCACAACGCAAAGAAUCGGGCGCCUGAAGUCGGUGACUAUGAGCGUCAAAUGAGAAAGUUGAAGCUAUCAUCCAUCCGUCGUCGCUCUAGUUCUUCCGCUAGUAGCAAGACAGAAAUUGAGGCCUUAAAAGAGCAUAACCAACGCCUCUAGGAAGAGUUUGAUGCCCUCACCUCCAAAUUCACCACCAUGCAAGAAGACUUGAAAAGGUUAUACGGUGGGAACCAUCCACUACAAGACGAUAACGGUGGAAACGGGGGAGCAAGGCAACCAGGAGCCAUUUGUUAGACAGAUUGAAAACAUUAUCAAUGUUUAUGCAUACUAUCCGACGGAAAUGUUUAUGCCUACAAUACAUUAAUAUUAACUUA